GUUUGCCUAUCGCUUAUCAUAUCGAUAGGUUAUUUCGAUUAUUUCGUUUCUUUUUAUUCACUUCUUCCGAUUUAUUUAUUCACUUUGUUGUGAAAUUAAUUUAUUAAAAAGGCAGCAGGGAUCUGCCUCCAGGGAUUAGUAAGAUUAAGUCCUAGAAGCUAACAUGGAAGGAGAGGAAGUCACCUCAGGGCAAGUGCCUACUGAGCCUACAGUUUUGGGAAAUGAGUCAUCGCCACCGUCACUGAGCGUUAUGUGUCCAAUAUGUAACGAAUUUUUUAAGGACACGGAUAUGAUCAAUUCCACGUCUUGCGGCCAUAUUUUCCACAAGAACUGCCUCACACGGUGGCUAAAUAGAUCGAGAUCCUGCCCCCAGUGCCGAUCAGAGUGCCACCACGAUCGAGUCCACAGGAUUUUCCUUAACUUUACUGCACCUGUGAUUUCCCCCGAGAAUUUUGUGCCGCUCCCCAGACCGCCCUAUGAGUGGGUGCCAAUUUAUCUGGGCGAUGAGGACAACGAGGGUAGCCCACAAGUAUUUGAAGGUUCUGUCCAGUGCGGAACCGACGAGGACGGACAUCCGGCGUAUGUGGCACGAAUGACAUUCGGUAGAGAUUUAUUGCCAGCGAGUUACAUACCAGAAAAAGGUGUUGCACGCGGAUCAUGGGGAUGCCGCGCCUAUACACGCACCCAAGACGUGGAGGUUCUGGUGCUAAACAAUUGUGAUCAUAAGUGGGUGCACGGCCAGAAUGGAAGUUAUCCGGAAAAAUCCCUAAAAACCGGACACUCUGAGAUCGGUCACCCCACCUUCACUGGGCGCUGCAUCUACGAGGGCAUUCUGCGCCUGGGCAAGGUGCAUCCGUCCCACAAGCUAAUGUACUUGCCGCACCACGACCUAGAAGUAAGCACCAACACCUACGAUGUCCUGGUGGUCAAGCCGCGCAAUUCAAACAACCACUGAAUGAGAUCCCUUAUUUUUUAAUCGAAUAGUCCAAGUCUUUUUGUAUCUGGUGUUUACAAAGUUUAACUAUAAAUAAAUCUGUGUAUUAAGCUGUGUUACCAAAUCGUAUGUACUUUAAAAGCAUAGAACAAAAAUUUUAACAAUAUAAUCUAUUAAAAAUUGUAAUUAUGUAUACAUAUGUUUAAGUAUAUUUUAUGGAAUAAUAAAAGUGCCUUUUUUAAUUAUCGAUAAAAACUAAACUAAGUCAAUAGAAUUUUUAUUGCCUUUUUAGUUUUCAGCAUAAGUUGCGCUUAAAUAAUAUUACUAAUAAAUAUAUACUUUAGAAGUAGUUCUUAUUUCUUAUCAAAUGUGAUUUUAAAAAAAUCGAUUGGGUUUUUUU